AUGGCAGAGAAGCGUUUCCUAGCCUUGGAGAGAAGGUUGGAAAGGGCGCCUGCGUUGAAGGAACAGUACAUGGCGUUCCUUCGAGAAUAUGAACUGCUUGGGCAUAUGGAGCUGAACGAGAAAGAGGUCGACGACGAUUCCCAGUCCGUAUAUUAUCUUCCUCAUCACUAUGUACUGAAGCCCAGCAGUACUACUACCAGGCUCCGCGUAGUGUUUGACGGAUCGGCGGAGUCUUCUACUGGUGUCUCGAUUAAUCAUACACAGAUGAUAGGGCCCACCGUCCAGAAUGAUUUGGUUAGCAUCGUGUCGAACUUUCGAACGUACAAAUAUGGAAUUACGGCCGAUAUUCCUAAAAUGUACCGUCAAGUUGAGGUACAUGCUGAUGACAGGCGAUACCAGAAGAUUGUGAACAGGACCUGCUGUGAUCAACCGCUCCAGACGUAUGAUUUGCGAACAGUAACAUACGGAUUGUCAUCAUCUCCUUUCUUGGCCACGAUGGCGUUACGACAGUUGGCCAUCGACGAGGGAAAGCAAUUUCCAUUGGCAGCUCACGCAGUUGAGAAAUCAUUCUACAUUGACGACGCUCUGACUGGAGCAAACACGCUGGAAGAAGCCCUAGAAUUGAAAAAUCAGAUCAUCGGAUUACUACAAAGGGGAUGUUUUAGUGUCCAUAAGAUGUGUUCGAAUUCGGAAGCAGUACUUCAAGAUGUCCCAGAGGAUAUGCGAGAAAGUGUCAUGAACAUUGAGGAUCCGACCAUCAAUGCUGUAAUCAAGACUCUGGGCGUAGCCUGGCGUCCACAAGAAGAUUGCUUCACGUUCGUUGUUACAAUAGAUGAUCCAGUUGAACCGAAUCGUCUCACGAAAAGGAUCAUUCUCAGCCAAAUCGCGAAAAUUUUUGAUCCAUUGGGUUUCGUGGGUCCCGUGGUAACAGCAGCGAAGCUAAUCAUGCGGGAACUAUGGUCUCUCAAUCAAGAUUGGGACCAACCCGUGCCGAUCGAGAUAGCGAACCUUUGGAUAGAUUUUCGCAAUCAACUCUAUUGGCUCAAUGAACUGAAGAUACCGAGAUGGAUACUUGAGGAUGACGUCCGCAUCGUAGAAUUACACGGCUUCGCAGAUGCCUUGCAUAUGGGGCAUGUUUGUACACCAGACUCGUAA